UGCGCGCGCAGGUCAAACGAGUUGCGUCCGCGCACGGUUUGUGUUGUGUGUGAAUAUGCAGUGAGUGAGGACAGCUCAGGCGAUAUGAGGCUGUCACUUCACAUCGCGGUGGUCCUGUUCGCGGUGUACCAAACCUGCAGAGCGGACCGACUAUACCGUGCUAUCCCAAGCAAUCCAAAUCAAAACUAUGCUGUCCUAGGUUCACCUAUAUCGGCGGAUUUAAAUGAGGAUGGAUACUUUUACCCUAAACCGAAAAUACCAUUCCCGCCACCACCACCAGUAACCAGACCGCCACCACCACCACCAACAAGACCACCACCUCCGCCACCUCCAUCAACAACUCGGCCACCACCUCCGCCACCUCCACCUCCUACAAGGCCACCUCCACCACCACCAACUCGGCCACCUACUACGGAGAACGGAUAUGUGUAUGAAAAGCCUCGUAUACCUUUCCCACCUCCGCCAAAAUCAACACUUCCACCGCCACCACCACCCCCACCUACAACUAGACGUCCACCCCCUCCUCCUCCACCGACUACUAGACCUCCUCCACCACCACCUCCUCCUACUACUAGACCUCCACCACCACCAACGACUAGACCACCCCCACCACCACCCACUAGACCUCCACCGCCAACAAGUGGAUACUAUUACAGCACUCCGAGAGUGCCAUUCCCUCCUUCAACAAGACCACCACCACCGCCUACUCCAAGAACAAGACCGCCUCCUCCACCUACUCAGCCACCUACGUAUUUACCACCUACGACGAGACGGCCACCUCCAAAGCAACCAUCAACUUACUUGCCACCGACUACAAGGACGCCCCCACCUCCUCCACCACCGACAACUAGACCUCCACCACCUCCUCCACCUCCAACAACUAGACCACCACCACCUCCUCCCCCCCCAACGACAAAACCUCCACCGCCUCCUCCACCGCCAACAACCAGACGGCCACCAACAACUACGACUAGGGCACCAACAUACAGUACGAUAUUAGACAACUUCAGAACAACUGGCUAUGAAUAUCCAACUCCUAAAGUUCCGUUUACAUUUCCAACCAGACCCCCACCUCCGACUACGCAGAAAACUAUAACAUAUUUGCCACCAACACGGCCCCCAACAAGACCACCACCCCCACCCACUCGUCCAGCAACUUAUUUACCGCCGCCGACGACGAGAAGACCUCCGCCUCCUACACAACCUCCAACAAGGCCACCACCUCCACCCACUCGUCCAGCAACUUAUUUACCGCCGCCGACGACGAGAAGACCUCCGCCUCCUACACAACCUCCAACAAGGCCACCACCUCCACCCACUCGUCCAGCAACUUAUUUACCACCGCCGACGACGAGAAGACCUCCGCCUCCUACACAACCUCCAACAAGGCCACCACCUCCACCCACUCGUCCAGCAACUUAUUUACCACCACCUACUACGAGAAGAACUCCGCCACCUACCCAACCUCCAACAACACGACCGCCGCCACCAACGCGUCCGUCAACAUACUUACCACCUCCAACCACGAGAAGGAUUCCUCCCACACGACCAACGACACGACCACCGCCACCCACAACUACUAGACCGCCAACAUACUCGACAAUAAUACCUGAAUUUAGAACUACUGGAUACGAUUACCCAACUCCAAAGAUACCGUUUACCGUACCAACGAGACCACCUACAAUUCGCACGCCACCUGUUUACAUUCCUCCAUCAACUACAAGAGCUCCUCCUGUGUAUUUACCACCUUCUACCACUCGAGCUCCACCUGUGUAUAUACCGCCUUCAACAACUCGAGCUCCACCAGUUUAUAUUCCACCAUCAACAACAAGGGCUCCUCCCGUGUAUAUACCGCCUUCUACAACUCGAGCUCCUUCAGUUUACAUACCUCCAUCAACUACACGAGCUCCUCCUGUAUAUUUACCACCUUCUACUACACGAGCUCCUCCAGUUUACAUCCCACCCUCAACUACAAGGGCCCCUCCUAUAUACGUGCCACCUUCUACGACCCGAGCGCCACCAGUUUAUAUUCCCCCUUCGACUACAAGGGCUCCUCCAGUGUACAUACCGCCUUCUACUACGAGGGUUCCAUACACGACACGGCCGCCAUUCGUGCCCGACCAAGGAUACUUCUACGAGAAACCUUCAGUACCUUUUGUGUUCUAACCUAGUGUAAAAAUGUUAUUAAGAUGCCAUAACUAUUAAAUAUUAUUAUUGUGAUACCAAACUGAGUGCUGAGCGCAACAUAUUGAUUGUUGUUGUUGUUUUCAUGUACGUUAAUGUUGAUGUAUUGAUUUGUUAAAUCUAAUACUAAAGUUAAAAGGGAUAUUGUUGCGAAAUUUAUUUAAACCAAUGUUGCACUCUUGCUUUGUAAAUGUACAAAAUAUUUCAUUAAUCUAUUGAUGUGUUUAUGUAUAAAAUAUAUAUAAAUAAUAAUUAUUAUAAUACUCAAAAGUCUCGAAUGCGAAAUCGCCACUGCCUUAAUCUAUUUUUAAGAUUGUAAAAUUAUAUUUUUUAAAUAAAAAUAAAUUUAAUAAU